AUGCGGAGGGCAUCGAUCUAUAACUUUCAGCUAUGUUGGGCAGUUCAAUCUGUCGUAGCAGUAGCUCGUUACAGUCAUAAUGACGAAAUAGAAGGCCAAAUGAGCAGGUUCGGGCUUGAAGCCGGCCUGAGGCCCGACAACGCCUGGUUUCUGCUCAUCCUUAUGUUGUCUUUCCCGUAUAGCUUUAUCGGUUCUGUCAUCUCAGAUGGCUCCCCAACACAUCGAAACUGUGGCCUAGCAGCAGCUAUCGACAGUUUUCUGUUAGCAUGUUUACUGUUCGUCAUUGGAUCCCUUUGGGUUUCUCGUUCAAGAAGACCUCCUACAGAAAACGGAUGCUUCCAACUCCAUGCACCAGCAAUUGAGAAGGUAUUGCUUGAAUACAAAACUCUCACAGCCACUAGAUACACAUACAAUGAGAUAACUAAAAUGACAAAGAAAAUCAAGUAUAAACUCGGGCAGGGUGGCUAUGGGACUGUCUUUCAAGGAUGGUUAUCCAAUGGCACACCGGUGGCCGUAAAGCAAAUGGAAAAAUCAUAUAAUGAUGGGGAAGAAUUUUGGAAUGAAUUUGCUACCAUUGGUAUGAUUCACCAUGUCAAUGUCGUUCGACUUCUUGGCUUCUGCAUUGAAGGGUCGAGAAGGGCACUUGUGUAUGAAUUCAAGGCGAAUGGUUCACUUGAGAAGAUUACUAACUCCAUAAUUGCAGGUCGUUGCAUGUUUAGGCCAAAAAGGUUAUAUGACAUAGGACUAGGCAUUGCCAAGGGAAUUGAAUAUCUACACCAAGGUUGUCAUCUAAGAAUCAUCCACUUUGACAUCAAGCCACAUAACAUUCUUCUAGGCCAAGACUUUAUACCAAAGAUCUCUGAUUUUGGCCUAGCAAGAUCAUAUUGCAAGGGGCAGAGCAUUGUAACUAUUACAGAAGGCAAAGGCACAAUCAGUUACAUUGCACCUGAGCUAUUCUAUGGCAAUUCCAAGCAUGUCUCACAUAAAUCCGAUGUUUAUAGCUUUGGAAUGCUACUGAUAGCUGUGCUUGGGAUGAAGGAAAAAGCCAGCCCACUGAUGGUUAUUCUAGUGAAGCAUAUUUUCUUCAGUGGAUUCAUGACACACUUUUAG